AUGAGCUACGGUCAAAAUACUUCUUGUACGCUGCUUCUUCACGUCCAGUCGGCACAAGAUUUGUCAACGUCUGCGAGCGCCGCCUUCUGCACGACUUUCGUGUGGAACAACUCUGGCCCUGGUGGCCCUACGCAGUCAACGUCUAAGCCAAAGUACACGAGCUUCAGUCGAAUUCAUAAGGACCUGCCCGUCGAAUGGAAUGAGGAAUUGCAACUUGAUGCGACCAAUCCGCAGUCCGAAGUGCUCACAGUCCGCGUGAAAGACUCGAGCGACGCACUUGUGGGCAGCUGCAACGUCUAUCUGGCACACCUGCAUCCGGGGCAGGCUUUGGACCAGUGGUUCCAGCUUCACCCCGCUGGACACAUUCACUUGAAGUUGGUACUGAGACCCAACCAACAGUCCACACCAACCCCCGUUCCGAACUCUCCUUACUCUACCGACUACCAAGCGUUGCUCGAGAUCGCGAUGAAGAAGAGAGCAGCAACACAACAGUCCCAGUCUCCCUUCCCAGCCGGUUACCCUGCGUCUUACCAGCAGCAGGCUAGCGGUCACAAUUUCCACGAAAUGAUGGGGACUGCCGCCAACAUGUCCACCAUCGCUGCCAACAUACAGCAACUCAACGGCAACAACACCGGCAACAGUGGAUUAGGCACCGCGGCUUCUAUCGGUUUAGGUGCCCUCGGUCUGGGACCUUUCGGAGCCUUCUUCGGAUCGUAA